AGCAGUGGUGUUUGCUGAACUCGUGCUGUGGCGAAUAGCCUCAGUGACUACAACAAUGAGUUUGAGCAAGCAGGGCCGGCUAGUUUGAAGUUUACUUCAGUGAAACUGCCUGUAAUAUUCACUAUAUGUGCUAACUGGGGUUUCAAAGCACUGUGUUAAAUGGAGCUAGAGGACCAAUGGUGGAAAGGACAACUCGCUGCAGAUAUAUACCAGGCGCUACGAUACAAAGAGCUCAAGUUGCCUCCCUACAAAGGCCAGUCCCCUCAGCUCAACUUCAGACGGUACUUUGCAGACCUCAUAGCCAUCGUCAGCAACCGCUUCAAGCUGUGUCCUGCAGCCAGACACCUGGCAGUCUACCUGCUGGACCUCUUUAUGGACCGUUAUGAUGUCACGGUGCAGCAGCUUCACAUGAUCUCACUCUCAUGUCUUCUUUUGUCCAGUAAGUCUGUAGCUGACCCUCCACUCCAGCGUGCGAUUGCUCAGUCUCUGCAUGGUGUGAUGUUUUGUAACUUUUUUUUCAUUGCAGGUAAAUUUGAGGAAAGGGAGGACCGGGUGCCUAAACUGGAGAGCCUGAACAGCCUUGGCUGCAUGAGCUCCAUGAACCUGGUCCUGACCAAGCAGGGUUUACUUCACAUGGAGCUGCUCCUGCUGGAAACUUUCCAGUGGAACCUGUACCUGCCUACUGCUGCUCAUUUCAUAGAGUACUACCUGUCCAUUGCUGUCCACGAGGGAGACCUCCAUGAUGGCUGGCCCAUGACCCUCCUGGAGAAGACCAAACUAUACAUGGCCAAGUAUGCUGAUUACUUCCUGGAGGUUUCCUUGCAAGAUCAUGUAUUUUUGUGUUUUGCCCCCUCACUGGUGUCUGCUGCGUGUGUGGCCACCUCCCGCCUCGUCCUCCACCUGUCUCCUACAUGGCCACCCCGACUGCAGCGCCUCACAGGCUACACAUGGGAGAACCUAGUCCCAUGUGCCGAGAAACUACUCAUUGCACAUGACAGUGACGUCAAAGAGGCCAACAAGCAGAAGUGCCAGAAGCCUGGCCAGCAGCAGCAGGGCCAGACGGUGUACCACAGUUCAGGUCAGACAGCCACUGUGGCCCAGUACCUGCACCGGCCCAGCGUGCAGUACCCCCAGCAGGUUCCGCAGCCGGGCCUGGCCCCUAACCACAGGCCUGCCUCCUACCUCAGCCACUCCACCGCCAGCCUGCAGGGUCCUAACGGCCCCCAGCAUGGCAACACCCAGGCCAUCACUGCCUCCCAGGAUCCAAAGUCCAGCAUUCCCAACAGGGCUUACCAAGUCAGCAUGCACUACACCUGCGCUGCUCCAUGCUUUGAUAGAUGAUAGAUUUUCAGAUAGAUGUAGUUAUUUUUGAGGAAGAAGAGAUAAGAGAUGUGAUCUAUUUCUCUUGAACAAAACAGAAUUCACCAAAGGAAAGAGUGUUUUUAAUUUGAAUAGACUUGAUGAGAUUGGUACAGCACUUUGAAAGACAAGGCGUAUACAAUGUGCAAUAUGCAUACUUUGCUGUCAUUUUCUGUGGAGAGCCUGCAUUAGGAUAUUUGAUUUGAUUUGUUUUUUUUGUUUUUUUUGAGAUAUCGGUUAUGAAUGUUGUUGUGAGGCUGCCAGAGGCAGAGUUUGCACCACUGUGCUGAGUAGUGUUACUGUAUAAUUUAGCUGCAGACCAAAAGUCCUGUAUUUAUUUGAGCCAAAUUACCUCAGAAGUAUUGAAUGUACAAAUACCUCGUGCCUAUAGCCUUUAAGUUAAGGGCAUUUGCAUAAAGGGACUUCCGUUGGUUUGUGGGUGAGAUUAUAGAGCCCUUUUUGUGUAGGUGUUCUGUACCUCGAACUUUUUUGUUUGUUGUUGUUGUUUUGUUUUGAUGUGUGUCACUUGUAAAACUAAGAAAAAAAGAAAUACUCCUCACAAUUUAUUUGCAGAGAAAAUUGCAGCUCUUCUGCACAUAGAGGAUUUCAGUCAGUGCUGUGCACUUCUAUGAUGACAUUUUUAAAUAAAAUACAAAUCUGUGUAAGUUGAAAUGA